GCGUGUCCCCCGGGGCCGCGGCCUGAGGGGCAGUUGUGGGAGCGACAGAACGGGAGGUGUUUCCGCUCAGCACGGUGACACCGCCGGUCCUCCCCGCACUCUGCCCAGAGCCACCGAGUUCCACUCCCAGCUGGGCUGCUCGCGGCGGGAGGGCGGAGUGGAGCGCCCCGCCCCAAGAUGGCGGCGCGGUGACGCUCUGCUCCGCCCGCCACAACUCUAUGGCGGCGCGGCCCUUCUCGCCAGGAAGCAGAAGCACGGCAUCCGGAAGCGGUAGGAGCGGCGCGAGCCGGAAGGGCGCGUGGUGGCCGGCUGCAGCUUCUGAUCCUGGUGGCAUGUAGUGCCUGCAAGAAAUGUUCAUUUCCUCACUCCCCGGAGCAGAGGUGUGCUGUACACAGCUGAGCAUAAGGGGCUGACUGGGGACCCUGACCUCACCUGACUCUUUUGACAUUGGCUUCCCCUAUAAAAUGGGAAUUCUUAUUGCAAUUCUGGGAGUCUGGUUCAGCUGUUCAUUUGUAAAAGGAGAUUCUAAAGCUGUAACAACGUCUCUAACUACAAAGUGGUCUUCAACUCCUUUGCUCCUUGAAACAAGUGAAUUUUUGUCAGAAGAAAGUCAAGAAAAAUUCUGGAAUUUUGUUGAAGCCAGUCGAAAUAUUAGGACAUCUGAACAUGAUGGCAGUGAUUAUUCUGCUUACCAUGAAAUGCUGAAGGUGGCCUCCCAGAGCUUGUCACCUUUACAGCAGAAUUUGUUGAAGUUUUCCUUGUCUUUACGUUCUUACUCUGCAACAGUCCAAGCUUUUCAGCAGAUAGCAGCAGAUGAGCCUCCACCGAAGGGCUGCACCCUGUUUUUGGCUGUGCAUGGAGAGAAGACAUGUGAAUAUGACUCUCUUGGACAACUUCUAAAGGCUGCUUCAGAAAGACCAAAGCCGUUUUUGUUCAAAGGGGACCACACGUACCCAGCAUCCAACCCCGACAGUCCUGUUGUCAUACUGUAUGCUGAGAUUGGCACAGAGGAUUUCUACAGAUUCCAUAAGCUGCUUGUUAUAAAGGCUGAGGCAGGAGAAAUCACUUAUGUCCUCAGACACUAUAUUGCUAAUCCCAGUAAGGAAAAAGUCUACCUCUCUGGCUAUGGUGUGGAACUGGCUAUUAAAAGUACUGAAUAUAAGGCCAAGGAUGAUACGCAGGUGAAAGGCACUGAUGUGAAUGCUACAGUAAUAGACGAAAAUGACCCUAUUGAUGAGGUGCAGGGAUUUCUUUUUGGGAAAUUAAGGCAGUUGUAUCCUGAUCUGAAUGAAGAGCUGAAAGAGCUUAGAAAACACCUUGUGGAAAGUACUAACGAGAUGGCACCCUUAAAAGUAUGGCAGUUACAAGAUUUAAGUUUUCAAACCGCUGCACGCGUUUUGGCUGCUCCUCCUGUGGAUGCUUUGAUGGUCAUGAAAGAUCUCAGUCAGAACUUUCCUACAAAGGCCAGAGCCAUAACAAAAACAGUUGUUUCCUUGGAACUCAGAACAGAAAUUGAAGAGAACCAAAAGUAUUUCAAAGGAACAUUAGGAUUACAGCCGGGCGAUUCUGCUCUCUUUGUCAACGGGCUGCAUAUUGAUUUAGACACUCAGGACAUAUUUAGCUUGUUUGAUGUGCUACGCAAUGAAGCCCGUGUUAUGGAAGGUCUGCACAGCUUAGGAAUUGAGGGGCUUUCUUUGCACAAUGUUCUGAAGCUGAACAUCCAGCCAUCAGAUUCGGAUUACGCGGUGGACAUCAGAAGCCCCGCCAUUUCGUGGAUCAACAAUCUGGAAGUUGACAGUCGGUAUAAUUCCUGGCCUUCCAGUGUGCAGGAACUGCUGCGUCCCACGUUCCCAGGGGUGAUCAGACAAAUCAGAAAAAACUUCCAUAACUUUGUGCUGAUAGUAGAUCCUACUCACGAGACCACAGCGGAAUUAUUGAAUGUGGCAGAAAUGUUCUUCAGUAACCACAUCCCACUAAGGAUAGGACUUGUCUUUGUGGUUAAUGACUGUGACGAUGUUGAUGGACUUCAGGAUCCUGGCGUUGCCCUUCUUAGGGUGUACAAUUACGUGGCACAAGAAAUGGACAUUAAUUAUGCUUUCCAGACAGUCAUGUCUAUAUAUAACAAAGUGAAAACAGGAGAUCAGCUGAAGGUGGAGCAUGUGGUUAGUGUUCUUGAGAAACAGUAUCCUUAUGUGGAAGUGAACAGUGUUCUGGGAAUUGAUUCUGCCUAUGAUCAAAACAGGAAGGCAGCGAGGAGUUACUACGAGCAGACGGGCGUAGGCCCUCUCCCUGUGGUGCUGUUCAAUGGGAUGCCUUUUCAAAAAGACCAGCUGGAUCCUGAUGACCUGGAAACGGUGACAAUGCACAAAAUCCUGGAAACCACAAGCGUCUUCCAGCGAGCUGUGUACCUGGGUGAACUAUCUAAUGACCAAGAUGUGGUUGAGUAUAUCAUGAACCAGCCUAAUGUUGUUCCAAGAAUUAACUCAAGGAUCUUAACGUCAGACAGAGAGUACCUAGAUCUGACAGCAAUGAAUAACUUUUAUGUGGAUGACUUCGCUCGAUUUAGCACGUUGGAUUCCAAAGAUAAGACAGCUGCUGUAGCAAACAGCAUGACCUACUUAACAAAGAGAGGAAUGUCUUCCAAGGAGAUCUAUGAUGAUUCUUUUGUUAGACCAGUGACUUUUUGGAUUGUUGGUGAUUUUGAUAAACCUUCAGGGAGGCAGUUGUUGUAUGAUGCCAUUAAACAUCAGAAAUCCAGCAAUAAUGUUCGAAUUAGCAUGAUUAAUAAUCCUAGUGAAGAUCCAAACAGCAGCAACACUGUUGUCGCCAAGGCCAUAUGGGCAGCUCUGCAGACGCAAACGUCAAAUAAUGCCAAGAACUUCAUCACCAAAAUGGCAAAAGAAGAAGUAGCAAAGGCACUAGAGGCAGGAGCUGACAUCUUAGAAUUUGCUGUUGGGGGUAUGGAUACCAAUAUUUUUAAGGAAGCCUUCGAAUCUCCCAAAGUGGAUUUCAUUCUGUCCCAUGCUGUAUAUUGCAGAGAUGUUCUCAAGCUGAAGAAGGGACAGAGGGCUGUGAUCAGCAAUGGAAGGAUAAUUGGCCCAUUAGAGGAUGGUGAGAUGUUCAAUCAAGAUGACUUCCACCUCCUUGAGAAUAUCAUCCUAAAGACAUCAGGACAGAAAAUCAAAUCUCAAAUUCAGCAGCUGGGAUUUGAAGAAGAUCUUGCUAGUGACUUGGUAAUGAAAGUGGAUGCUCUUCUUUCUGCUCAACCAAAAGGAGAGGCAAGAAUUGAAUAUCACUUUUUUGAAGAACGAUACAGUGCAGUUAAACUGAGACCAAAAGAGGGGGAGACAUAUUUUGAUGUUGUGGCCAUUGUUGAUCCUGUUACCAGAGAUGCUCAAAGACUUGCUCCGCUACUUUUGGUUUUGAACCAAUUGAUAAAUAUGAACCUAAGGGUGUUUAUGAACUGCCAGUCAAAACUUUCUGACAUGCCUCUAAAAAGCUUUUAUCGCUAUGUUUUGGAGCCAGAAAUUUCUUUCACAGCAGAUAACAGCUUUUCUUCUGGACCAAUUGCCAAGUUUUUGGAUAUGCCUCAGUCUCCACUGUUCACAUUGAACCUAAAUACUCCUGAGAGUUGGAUGGUGGAAUCUGUCAGAACCCCAUAUGACCUUGAUAAUAUUUACUUAGAGGAGGUGGAUAAUAUUGUUGCUGCAGAAUAUGAGUUGGAGUAUCUGCUUCUGGAGGGACACUGCUAUGAUAUCACCACUGGGCAGCCACCUCGGGGCCUCCAGUUUACCCUGGGAACCUCAACCAAUCCUGUCAUCGUGGAUACCAUUGUUAUGGCCAACUUGGGUUACUUCCAGUUAAAGGCCAAUCCUGGUGCGUGGACUCUAAGGCUCAGGAAGGGCAGAUCGGAAGAUAUCUACAGGAUCUACAGCCACGAUGGCACAGACUCUCCACCUGAAGCUGACGAAGUUAUUGUCGUUCUCAGCAACUUCAAGAGCAAAAUUAUUAAAGUGAAGGUUCAGAAAAAACUAGACAUGAUGAAUGAAGAUCUACUGAGUGAUGGUACCAGUGAGAAUGAGUCUGGAUUUUGGGAAUCUCUCAAAUGGGGAUUCACAGGAGGACAAAAGAAUGAAGAUGUGAAACAGGAUAAAGAUGAUGUAUUAAAUAUAUUCUCUGUGGCUUCAGGACACUUAUAUGAAAGAUUCCUACGCAUAAUGAUGUUGUCUGUGCUGAAACACACGAAGACUCCCUUAAAGUUUUGGUUUCUGAAGAACUACUUGUCACCUACGUUCAAGGAGUUCAUCCCAUACAUGGCAAAGAAGUACAACUUCCAGUACGAGCUUGUCCAGUACAAAUGGCCACGCUGGCUUCACCAGCAAACAGAGAAACAGCGAAUCAUCUGGGGUUACAAGAUCCUCUUUCUAGAUGUGCUCUUCCCAUUAGCUGUUGAUAAAAUCUUAUUUGUGGAUGCUGAUCAGAUUGUGCGCACAGAUCUAAAGGAAUUAAGAGAUUUCAAUCUAGAUGGUGCUCCUUAUGGAUAUACUCCAUUCUGUGACAGUAGAAGAGAGAUGGAUGGCUACAGGUUCUGGAAGUCAGGAUACUGGGCAAGUCACUUAGCUGGAAGAAAAUACCACAUCAGUGCUCUAUAUGUUGUGGAUCUGAAGAAGUUCAGAAAGAUAGCAGCUGGAGACCGCCUCAGAGGACAAUAUCAGGGUCUCAGUCAGGAUCCUAAUAGUCUGUCUAACCUUGAUCAGGAUUUGCCCAACAACAUGAUCCACCAGGUGCCAAUUAAAUCGCUGCCACAGGAGUGGCUUUGGUGUGAAACGUGGUGUGAUGAUUCCUCAAAGAAGAGAGCAAAAACUAUUGAUCUGUGUAAUAACCCAAUGACCAAAGAGCCCAAGCUGCAAGCAGCAAUGCGGAUAGUUCCAGAGUGGCAGGACUAUGAUCAAGAAAUCAAACAGCUCCAUAAUCUUUUCCAGAAAGAAAAAGAAACAGGAACACCAGCUCAGUUGUCAGGACAAUACACACAAGAUGCAGCAGCACAUGUGGAAUUAUGAUCAAUGGAGAAAAAUUGAAGUUAGACUGUUUCAUAGACAAUUUUUAUAUUGAAAGCUAGGUUUUUUUUUUUUCCGGUAUGUCUGCAAAACUGCUGAAUAAUUGAAUGGGAUGAUGUAUGCAUUUUUAUUACUUGCCUUUGGGUUAAUUUCUGCAUAUGAAAUAAGAUCUGGGUUGCUGGAAUUAGCAUUACCGUUUUUUUGCACCUGUGGUGGAGAUGAAAGAGCCCAUGAUGGAAUUCAGCAUUUCAGAAACAAAACCUCAAAAUCCAUUGGAAAAGCCCCAGCCUGCUCCUUCAGCUGUUGCUGCCUCCACCACUGAUGAAGAUCCUGUGUUAGCCUCAGAUCUUAUUUGAGAGCCUGGAAAAUGCAGCCCAGUGAGCUGUUGGCUAGAACCUAAGUCCUAACCUCAACUGAUGGAGUUAAUUUUUCCAGGUAAUUUUACAAGGCUCCGAAUCAUGCUUUCAAUUGGGAUACUGUUUCAUCAGCAAGUUUUCAAACACUCAACAAUUCUCCUUGGAUUUGUUCAGUAUCCCCUUGAUUUAUUUUUUUUUAAUCAAAUCCAGCAUUACUUACUUUCCAUUUCCUGUCUUCGUCUAUUGCCCAACUUUUGAGGGUUUGACUUCAUGUAAAGCUACCACAAUCUGUGUAAAUGCCCAUCCCAAAUACAAAUGCCUAAGCUUACAAAGUCAGCAGAACACUGGAUUGGACUGUUCAGUUUGUCGUAGCCUGUCUGACUGGAAACGAAAGUGCCCUCCUUCCGUCUUUGCUCAGAGUUCAAGUCCAUCUACAAAGCCGGUAGGGCCUUACCAUUGCUGUGGUUCACUGAUUCAUAAAUGUUUUUUGUUUGUAGAAAAAUCUGUGGAAGCUUGGAAGCUUUUCAUCAUGUACAUUUCAUUAACUUUAUUUUUCUUCGAACACAGAUGUUGUCACGUGAAUAAAAAACUUCGGAGCUCUUAGGUCUUACGCCUUAGUUCACAUUCAGUCCUUUAAUCUUUUUUUCUCGCACGCAUUUCUCUCCAAAUUUCAUUUUGGGUUUUUGGAAUAUUUGAGUUGCAUCUGUUUUCCUUUAACACACUGACAAGAAAACAUCUUGCUCCAAGGAUGAGUUAGCCUGAGCUGUUUUUUUUUUUUUUUUUUAAUAAUUCAUAUCCACGUGUUAAUUUUUAAAGAUACUGCAGUAGUUAUGUGAACUUAAAAAUCCUCAAACCCUGCUUCCCUCAUUCUGUAGGAUUAUUGUCUGCUCCCUGGAACACAGAGACUUGGAAGAGUUGAAAUACAAAAACCCAACUGGUAUUUCUAUGCUAAAAUGAAAGGUAGCUCUGUAUGCACUGCUUCUUUAGGAGAUUCAGGUUGGGAUUGUUUCUGCCUCCCAUGUUUUUAUACAAAUUGAUGUUCUGUGCUGUAAGAACUUCCCCCUAAAGAUAAUCCUGUCUUAGAUAUUUGUCUAGAAAUACUGUUUUAUACAUCACAUAAAAGUUCUGGAGGAAUCUAAAAGACAUCAGUUGUAGAGUUCAAACUGUUCAACAGGGCAGUGCCACAGAUAGGCAGCUCCUGCGCAACGUGGUCUAGGGAGCCUGCUUUGGUCGGGGUGUUGGACUCUUUGAUCUCUAGAGGUCCCUUCCAGCCCCUACAAUUCUGUGAUUCUGUGAUUUCUGACAGUGCCCAAAUCACUAACCCAAACUCUUGGAGAACGUGGUAAAUGAAAUAGAGACACUCCCUUAAAUUUUCAGUGCUGGCACUGGUGACAAGGUGAGUAAACAAAUCAGCACCACCAUGCACACACUGCUAGCAGGUGCCAGAAUGGGUAGCUCUGCAAAGGCAAAGAGGAGACCAGUCCCCCCUCUCCAUAGGGAAAGUUGCACAGACGUGAGGGGCUGGGUAUGAAACCAUGAACUUACUGAGCAUGAGUUUUCAGCUUAGGCAUUUCCCCCUUCAUGGGGUUUUCAGUUCAAACGGUCUCCCUGAUGGUUUGUAGCUUACAAGUGCUUUAUGCUUGCUGUCAAACUGUUCCAGGUGAGGCUAAGCAGACUUACCCUAGAAGGACUUUUUUUUUAGUGUAAAGACCAACAAUGUGCCUGCCAACAAAUUGAAGUCAGUUAUUAGAUACCAUAUUAGUCUGUUUAAAAUAAAGUAACACCUGUAGUGUUCCCCUUUCUAUGUUAGCUGCACCCCUCUUCUGCCCCUUUUGGAGCCCAUGGAUGGCACACAGCUGUGCCCAUGGAGGGCAGCAGCUGUGCACCAGUUUCAUGCAGGGCUGGACUGGCACAGCAGAGGAGGUGUGCUUAGGAUGGAUGGGAUGUGGGUGCAGAAAGAGUCUGUCCCAGUGAUCAGAACAAGAAAACUGCACUUAUCUGUAAAAUAAGACCUCCUCUUACCAAAAAAACCGUAUUUAACUUUGCUUUUUUCAAACGUUAUUCAAAGCCAGAAGAUGGAGAAUAAGGUAACUUGCUGAAAUUCAACCCAAUAUUUACAAUACCUUCUUUAGAGUUGGGUAAGAAGAAAAUAUAUUUCUUAGUUAAGUGUAAGUUGCAGAAUUAUUUUUUUAAUUAUGCUCCUCCAUUGAAAUAGUUAAUGUAUGCACUUGAACACGCACACCACUAUUUGUUUUUUCUUUUUAAUUAUAAAAUUGAGCAAGCUAUGGAGAACGUUGGUUGUUUUUUUCCUUCUCUUUAACACAGACCAUACUCUUCUGUUCAGAUCUUAUUAAAAAAAAAAACAAACCAAAUCCGGUGGAAGGGAAAGAAACCAGAAGCACAAGUAUGGUGAGCUUUCCUACCUUUUGCCGUACUCUUAAGAGUCCUGUACCAUCAAAUCCUCAUGGCACUAGGCAUUCAGAAAGUGAAGUACUACGGUUGUUUGUGGGAAGCCACUGUUUGCACACAAGAGUAAUACUGAGAGGAGAAUACUGACAUGUUUUGGAUCUUUGCAGGUUCUUGCUGGUAGUGCUCAGCUGAGCCUUAAUAGGAAAUCUUCAGCCAGCUCCAUCUAAAAUCUAAAAUCAUCUAAUCAGAUGAUUACUGAGCCAGAGCUGCUUUUGACCACACCUGUUUCUGGAAACGAGUAAGAAAAAGGAUAAGAAAACUAGAAAGUUGAGAUUAAAGUGGUUACAGUGUAAUUUUGUAUCCUCAGUCUAGAAAGGGCACCUCUGGGGCAAGGCAGUGCCACUGUUCCCAGUCUCUCUCUCUAACACAGUUGUCCUCUUGAUGAAAAGCUGAUGCUGAAAAAAUAUUAUGUUACUUUGAAAGGAACAUUUUGCGGUCUUAUUAGGGAACAAAUAGCAGAGAAAUGCUAAAGUAUGUUGUUGAGAUAUCUCUUUCAUCAAGUUGGUGGGGGAUUUGUUGUAAAACAAGUGAAAGGGGGGGUGUACAAAGUAAAGUAGUAACAAUCCAGUCAUGGUUCUAGAAAUCAAAAUUGGUUCAAGAAUAUGCCACAACUCUGUGGCACUGAUACCUAAUGACCUAGGGGAAGUUACUCUCUCCUGCAUAUUACCUGAACUGAGAUCACAGCAAUUUUCCCAAUAUGGUGACAACAAUAAGAUGAUGUCUCAUAUAAUAAAGCCUUUCUGUUCUUUA